CACACACACACACACAUGCACACACACAUAUGCGCUCUUAAGCACACAGAGCGAGAGGAGGCAAUGCAGCUUUGCACCACUUUUGUAAGACAGUUACUUCCUCGAAUUUGAAAAACAAAAAAAGCUUCAGUUCAACAGUGGCGUGGAAGGCAACAAGACGCAAGGAGUCUCCAUUUGAGAACAAAAGAGGAUGUUGGAGUGGAGAAACGCAGGAGGCAACUGAUGCUUGUUGAGUGAGGACCAUGAUUUGCAUCGAGGAGCAAAACAAGUUUGGAUCAAGAGGAUGACAGCUGCCAGCAGCCCCUCUUCUCAGUCUUCACAAGUGGAAUGCGUCCUGCCAUGUCACCGGAGAAAAUUCAACUCCAGCCAGACCCGACUUCGCCUACGCUCGGCCCCGGGCGCGUGGUUAAUAGUGGGCGUGUUGGUGGUGGCGCUGGGGAUGUGCGUGGCCAUGGCUGGUUACGUGGCGUCGCCGCCGAGGCACUUAGGCGCCCCCAGGUCCACCCCCAAGGACAAGAUGAAACUGGCCGGGCCGAUGGUCAUGGGCGUCGGGUUGUUCAUCUUCAUCUGCGCCGCUAGCCUGCUCUACGAGAAUCGAGAUCGAGAGAUCCACAUGCUGAAGAAGUGCAAAGACCCCGAGGACAGGAAGGGAGACUGGGAGGACUGGCAAGAGCAAGCCAUCUUCAGUGGGCAGAAACAGUGGGAGAUCAGAGACGAGGAACAGGAUAGGAGCCUCUACCCUCCUUCUUUGUCUUGCAAGAACAUUGAGGACAUCAAUAAAUCACUGCAACGGCAUCUAGAUGCAGAAGAUGAAGCUGAGAGGGAGGGCAAGGCGACACUUGUGGCUCAAGUUCUGCACCACCAGGAGCCAAGUCCUCAUUCGUCUUCCCUCGGACAUUCCGGUCCUCACCCCUCUGCCUUCCCGGACAAGUCCAGCAAGAUUAACACACGGACCUGCUCUGCACUCCCUGAGCCUUGAUCAUCUUUACGGGAGUGCGAGGAACGCUAUCUCCCACAAACAGAUGUUGUAAAUGUUUGGGCGCCUCAGAGAGGUGCUGCAUUCCAAAUUUUUGGCAAGUCGGACAAAUUCCAUAUGGAACUUAUGGGGUUGGCGGUUUGAGCUUUUCAGUUGAAGGUUUAAAAAAAAAAAAAAAUCUGGCGACCUCUUUAAGUGUGUCAUCUACUAUUAAAAAAGAUAUAUUUGAGAUAGUGGGAAUGCCGAAAUCGGACCAUAUUGUUUUGACGUGCAGCUUUAUUUCAUUUUCCAUUCAUGCAGUGAACCCUGGAACUAUUUAUCUUUGCACGACUUUCCAUUCAGAACAAGUUGUGACAAAUGUUAUAUCACCAAUAAAUGCAGAUAUAAAUAUA